GCAAACAAUACAGUCAGGAUGGCUAAAGGUGACCCCAAGAAAUCAAAGGGCAAGAUGUCUGCUUAUGCCUUCUUUGUGCAGACGUGCAGAGAAGAACAUAAGAAGAAAAACCCAGAGGUCCCUGUCAAUUUUGCAGAAUUUUCCAAGAAAUGCUCUGAGAGGUGGAAGACAAUGUCCGGGAAAGAGAAAUCUAAAUUUGAUGAAAAGGCAAAGGCGGAUAAAGUGCGCUAUGAUCGGGAAAUGAAGGAUUAUGGACCAGCUAAGGGAGGCAAGAAGAAGAAGGAUCCUAAUGCCCCCAAAAGGCCGCCGUCUGGCUUCUUCCUGUUCUGCUCAGAAUUCCGCCCCAAGAUCAAAUCCACAAACCCUGGCAUCUCUAUUGGAGAUGUGGCAAAAAAGCUGGGUGAGAUGUGGAAUAACCUAAAUGACAGCGAAAAUCAGCCUUACAUCACUAAGGUGGCAAAGCUGAAGGAGAAGUAUGAGAAGGAUGUUGCUGACUAUAAGUCGAAGGGAAAGUUUGAUGGUGCAAAGGGUCCUGCUAAAGUUGCCUGGAAAAAUGUGGAAGAGGAAGAUGAAGACGACGAGGAGGAAGAGGAGGAGGAGGAGGAGGAGGAGGAGGAGGAGGAGGAGGAGGAGGAGGAGGAGGAGGAGUUACUUUUUACAAAUAAAGAGAAUGUGGUUCCAAGAGGACAAUACAUUUAA